AUGUCUUCAGAAAUGUCGACGAGACUGUUUGCGACAUCCUCCUCCGAUUCCUCUCGACAGGGCACGCCUUUGCCUGCCGGUGUGCCUCGAGGCAUGGUCGGUGACCAACGAGCCAAAACGCCUCCACGGGAGCGGCGGUCCUCGUUUGCGCUCCCAAAUGAUUCAUCAGAGUCGGACUGCAUCAGACAAAGACAUAUGGCAGCAAAAGCAAGGCAUCGCCAAUCCAAAUUAAAACCUAAUGUCGACCGCAUGUUGCCUAUCAUGCCCUCUCCAUUUUUCACUUUUCACUGUCCUGUCCCCAAGAAUCACGGUCAUUUACCGGCUCGUACAACGAGAAAGGCGGGUUCUUAUGCACCCGAAGGGAAGGGCCAGGCCCAUCAUGCAUAUACGACACAUAAUAUAUCACAGGAUCCUUACGCUUUCAUCAGAGAACCGAAAAGGCCCAAACCAGUAGCCAACCCCUACGACCUCCCCUCUUCUGAAGAUCUGAUCCCUCCCAAUCUUCGGUUACUUGACGAAGACGUGGAGAUGAUGGACCUUGACGAGGAUUUGAAUUCACCGUUGUAUUCGCAACCAUUGGAAGACCCUUUUCAUUAG